ACCAUACGGAGUGAUGAUGAUAAGAGUAAUUUACCAAACAGAAGAGGCAUUAAUUAGAAAGAGCAUUUCUUUUUCCUUUCUGGUUCCGUGAAUUAUAUAUAGAUAUACAUAGAUAUAUAGAUAUAUGAGUGUCAGUAGGGUUUGAUAAGAUUGAAAAUGAAAAGCAGUGGGAAAUGGGGGAAGGUGGUGUCUGGAAGAGAUGAAGAAGGUGAUUCGCAUAGCAGCUCCCAUGGUGGGUUUCUUGUUGUUGAUGAGUGUUUCGCCUGUAAUUUCAGUCAUGAUGGUCGGCCAUCUCGACGAGCUUUCCCUCUCCGGAGCCUCCAUUGCCACUUCCUUCGCCAAUGUCUCCGGCUUCGCUUUUCUGUUAGCCGAAGAGGAACCCCAGCCGCGAAGGAGGACUAGUGGAGCUGCUGCAUCCGAAGACCCUCUCGCCUAUAGGUUUCGAUUUUUUGACUUUUCUAACCAAUUGAGACUCCUUAACGUAUUUUUUCAUAGGGAUACAUGCAAAAUCGGCAAGGCCGAGGUGAACCAAUGCUGUGAGCAGCAGAGCUGGUGCCAGAGCACUGCGGUGCCGCCGUGCAAGAACCCUAAAAUUUGCCGGAAAGGAUUUUUAACACUGAUUUUGGCAUUUUAGGAUAUUUUUGAAUACGUGACGAAUAUUUUAAUUU